UUUUACUUUAUAUUUAUCAACAAAAAUAAAAAGAAUUAAUAUUUCGAAAUCAUUUUUAUCUCCUUCUCACAGACGCUCCCUCACUCAGAACAUCAUCAUCUCCGUUUCGCCGUUCUAAGUUUCAGAUCUUUUGAAAUGGGUCAGAUCCAGUACUCCGACAAGUAUUUUGAUGACACUUACGAAUACAGGCAUGUGGUUCUUCCUCCUGAAGUAGCGAAACUUCUUCCCAAGAAUCGAUUACUUGCUGAGAAUGAGUGGAGAGGUAUGGGAGUGCAGCAAAGCCGUGGGUGGGUUCACUAUGCUAUCCACCGUCCUGAGCCCCACAUUAUGCUCUUUAGGAGGCCUCUCAACUUUCAGCAAGAGCAACAACAGCAGCAGCAGCAGCAGCAGUAAAAGAAGAACCAUGAGUGAGAGACAAUGUGUGUGUUUUUCUCCUUAAUCUCACAGUAAAGAACUUCCAAUAUCUAGUCUUCUGCGUGUUAGUCUAAAAAACACCAUGUCUAUGUCUCUCUAACUCUCAAAAAUGGUUGUGUUAGAAUCCUGCUACUACCUAGUACCCUACUAAUUAUGUUUAUCUAUUAGAGUGUUUGAUUCUGCAACUCUCUUGUUGUGGAAGUACCGUGUUUGCUUCCUUCUAUCAUUAGAUAAAUAGUUGUCUCCGACCCUGUGAAUGUUAAUGUGAUGAAAUGAUUUCAUUUUCCUUUAUUCAA